AUGGAGACCCCUUGCACAUACAAAGGAAAAACCUACCAGGAUGGUCAAACUUUCAAAGACGAUUGUAACGAAUGCAAAUGUGACGAUGGAAAGGCCACGUGUUCUCAACGCGUUUUACCCAGUCCACCUCCAUCCCAGGCGACCGCCCCACUGCGUGUUGCAGCGCUCGAAAUUAACGGUUGGAACCUGGUGUUCAGGGCUACUUCCGGUAACGGGCAAAACGUGUACAACGCAUGGAUGACAGGGCAGAAUGCCUCCACUACAAAACCGAUUGAUAUGUCGCGAACCUACUCCAGCCACUUCCGCCAGGAUAAUCUGAAAGCUACCUGGGCAAACCUCCAUGUCACUUACGUAAAGUUUGCUCUGUAUCGCGACAACCGCGAGGUUGGAUACGUCAUCUUUGACGCACAAGGAAGCGACUUCACCAACUGGUUCGCCAAAGAGAGGGUCGUGGACGCAAGCUGGUCGGACCUCACAAAGACAGCCACGUAUAAUUUCUUCUCGAUUGUCGGCGAUACCUUUAACGAUGAACGUCGCUUUUUCAUCAACAAGCUGUAUUACGGAUGCCCCAAGGAUAUCGGACAUGUUGCGGUCAUCGAAAGGGAUUGUAAUAAUUGUAAUUGUAACAUGGACAAACAUCCCAGGUACCCGCAGUUCAUCUAUGCUGAUCUCAAUUCAGCAGACCUAUGGGAGAAACAGCAGUUCGGACGGGCCGAUUACAUGGCAAUUUUUGUGAGCCAUUAG